CUCCGAAAAAAAAUAGAUGUGGAUAUUGCAGACAAGCCGGGCAUAGAAGAUCUCAUUGCCCGACCAAUCCAAAUAGAUAGCAAUUAAUGGAUAUUUCAGUUAUGGAGGCGGGUCCAUUGACACGUGAUGUUCUUUAUGACCAAGAGCGCCACCGAUCCGCGAAGAUAGACGCUGGGGAGGCCCCGAGUAUUACUAUUGUCGAUCAUACCCGUGCACAUUCUAGCUGGGAGUUGACGGAUCCACAGAUACAAUAUUAUGUGCGUCAAGCCGGCUUUUUUGAGUGUUCACAAAUUAAAUGGGUAAGACUUGAUUGGGCACUUUUGACGGCAUUGGUUGAACGAUGGAGGCCCGAGACAAAUACUUUCCAUCUGCGCCAAGGAGAGGCGACGAUUACCUUACAGGAUGUUGGGGUUAUACUUGGCCUCAGAGUAGAUGGUGAUGCAGUGACGGGCACCGAUGACUUCCACUAUGGCACUACGUGUGAAGAAUUGUUGGGUCACACUCCUACAAUGAAGGGGGGAAAGAUCAAACUCGAAUGGUUAAGGAAUAACUUUCAGAAUGUACCGAUCGAUGCGACUGAUGAGAUCAUUAAGCGCUAUGCCCGUGCAUAUAUUUUACAUAUGAUCGGUACUAUUCUGUUUCCGGAUUCCACUAAGGAUUCCGUGCACGUGAGAUGGUUACCGCUUCUUGGGGACCUAGAAGAGUGUGGAGAGUUAUCUUGGGGGAGUGCAGUGUUAGCCUACUUGUAUAGAGAGAUGACGAAAAUAGCACUCGUACAAAAUAAAGAAUUGAAGGGCUGCCUCACUUUGCUGCAGAUAUGGUCAUGGGAGCGAUUGCAUAUGGGAACACCUGAUUUGAGGGAGGCCCGCGCUCUCGAUGGGCAUAUUCCGUUAGGCUGCAGAUGGAAUGUGUCCAGAUCUUGGCAAACCUCUCCAAAGGGGCAUGAAAACUUUUACAGAAAUGAGCUUGAUCAGAUGGAGGAUGAACAGGUCAAAUGGAUGCCCUACGAGCUAGUGUUGGAGUCACUACCGGAUAUUUGCCGAGAAGGUGAGGAUGUAUGGCGUGCUCGCGUCCCCCUUAUAUGCUUUGAGAUUGUCGAAAUGCACUUGCCUGACCGUGUGCUUCGACAAUUUGGACUACGGCAACAUAUUCCAGCGCCUGUGGAGAGAAUAGAGAGAGAUCCAAGAAAAGGUGCACAUCGUGCUAAUUGGCAAAUAAUUCGCCAAAAUUACAUCCAUAGGUGGGUUUUAAGGGAGGAACAGGUAGUGAUGGAGAGGGCUGAUGCACCUGACCUAGGUGUGUACCUACGGUGGUAUUGGGGGAUUACUCGCCGGUGGAUAUUUCAGGAAAACAAAGCCCCGAAGGAGUACAUACCAAGAGGCCCAGUCGAGAGAGAGUUGGUACAAGAGCUCGAAGAGCUUUCCGGAAUGGCACAUGACGCAUUGCGCACGACUACCGAGCAGGAGCCGAGGAACAUGUUCCUUCGAAUGAUAAAAAAGAUACGGUCGGCUCUUCAGAGGACGCGUCAUGCAAGCCGUGAUGGACGGGAGGAGCGACCAAUUGAGUAUGGGCGGCGACGUCGACGAGAUCACACGGGGGCGGGAUCAAGCUAUUCAGAUCUCUCCUUUCUUCUACCCCCUUCAUUACCUUCCACUACUAUACCUGUAUCAGUGGCACUUAUACCUUCGUAUACUCAACCAACUCCCUCCUUCACUCCAAUGGCAUCAAACGAUAGUGCUCUUGAUUCAUCCACACCUCCUGGACAUUCGUCUACUACAUCCCCUUUGCAACAAGAUACUCCUACUGAUGUCCCCUCUGCAUCUGUUACAGCUUCUCCCGAUGUGACUCCCCCCCUCACCGCAAUCCUCCACGAGAUCGUUAUCCCCCUGCUCGCUCGGGGAUUUUCACAAGAGUAUGAUAUUGACUAUGAAGAGAUUUUUGCUCCUGUUGCAAAAAUGACAUUCAUUCGCACUCUCAUUGCUGUUGUAGCUACAAAACAUUGGCCUUUGUAUCAAAUGGAUGUUAAAAAUGCUUUUCUUAAUAACGAUCUGUCUAAGAAAGUAUACAUGCAGCCACCUCCUGGUUUUUCUGCUCCUCCAGGACAUGCCUAUCACAUUCGUCGUGCUAUAUAUGGUCUCAAACAGGCUCAUCGGGCUUGGUUUGAGCGUUUUUGGCAAUCUCUUAUUUAUAUUGGUUUUAUUGAAAGCCUAGCUGACUACGCUCUAUUUUAUCUGUUCUCAGCCUCUGGUACAAUUAUUCUAUUACUUUAUGUUGAUGACAUGAUAAUCACUGGGAGUGAUUCCUCUGCCAUUACUUCCUUAAAGCAACAUCUUCAGAGACAAUUUGAGAUGAAGGAUCUUGGAUCACUUCAUUACUUCUUGGGUAUUGAGGUUGCUUCCUCCUCUCGUGACUAUCUUCUCUCGCAGCAGAAGUACAUUGCAGAAAUUCUUGAGCGUGCUACUCUCAAUGAUCCUUCCAUUGCUACCACUCCUCUCUCCACACCUAUGAAAAUAAACUUGAAGCUUCGACAUGAUGGUGGUGAUCCCUUAUCGCAGCCUACUCGAUAUUGGGAACUUGUCGGAGCAUUUGUUUAUCUUUCAGUAAAACGUUCGAAUAUUGCCUAUGUAGUACACAUCUUGAGCCAGUUUGUCAGUAGUCCGACUUUCAUUCACUAUACAGCUCUCAUUCUGGUUCUUCGAUAUUUCCGUGGCACUAUAACCCGAUCAUUAUUUUUCCCUUCAGACUCUUCUCUGUCUCUUUGUGCAUAUUCUGAUGCUGGAUGGGCUAAUAAUGCAAACACUCGACGUUCCACUACUGGCUUUUGUAUUUUUCUGGGUUCAUCUCUCAUCUCUUAG